AUGAGAGGCUCGCUGACAUGCCUAAUAAUUGGUGAGACACCUGCUACUCAGUUUUUGGCUUGGAGACUCAGUCUAUCGAAUGCAUUUAUUAUCCUGGUGUCCUCCAAUAUUUCCAGUGAUGGUCUUGUAUCUUGGAAAUCCUCUAAAUUGGGCUCCAAUUUUUAUAGGCCAAAUGAAUUUGCCAAGGAGUUCGAUGAUCUGGAGUCUAAGCUCACCGAUGCAGAUGGAAACCCAAGGUAUAAAAUUGAUAUAAUGGUUUUGUCGUGCUUGUCGUUCACUUCGUUGGAUCGCUACUGUGAUUUGCUUUCCAAAUACAGUGACCAAAACACAAUAGUUUUAAUGAACGCAAAUUUCGGAGUGCAAUUGGAAAAAUUGGUGCUUGACAGGUUUUUCAACUCCAGUUCUUGUAUCUUGUCACUUCUAUGUGACGUUGAAGGGCGACAACUUUCGUCGGGGUCCUACGCAUUGGUAAACGAUAGCUGCAGUUUCUACUUCGGUCUCACAUACGCUGGCAAGGACUUUACGAAAAACACAAACAAAAAUGACAGAUUAAUGGUCAACCUCGAAAGCGUCAAAGCAACUUUCGCUGACGAUAACUCAAUUUUAAAUGCUAUGAUUUCCCAAUUACAACGAACAAAUGUCGAUGAGGUUGUAAAGAUCUGUCCUAGCCAUUCUUUUGAAAUGGCACUUAAAGUGUGGGAACACAUCAUUCCUCGUAUUUCACUAAACAUACUUUCAGUCGUCUUCGAGCAAUUCGAUUAUGAUAAGCUCUUAACGAAUACAUCUUCGAAACGAAUUUUUCAAGAUUUGGUGAAAGAACUAGUGGAAAUCUGUUUCACUCAGUGCGGCAGUGUCGUCGCCAAAUAUAUGGUACCUGCGUUUGAUUUGAACAAGUGCACUGAUAAUUUAAGUUCUCAAAUUGAUUUUAGUAGAGUGGUUGAGGAGACCAAAAGUCGAAAACGACAAAUGGACAGGUCUACCAUCAACGAGUAUCCUGAGUUUUUGACGUUGUCAUUUGAGGCGUAUUGCUUUUAUCAUAGAUUAGAGUUUCCAGCCCACAUCCUGUUACAUCAACCUAUACUCAUGGCUAGUAACUUCGGAAUCAAUUAUUCAAGCUUGAAUUUCCUGUUCGGAUUCUAUUCACAACUACUGUCAAUUAGCGGGUUCAGUAUUGAAGGCGGGCCAAAUAAAGUGGGGCCAUCGUCGUUAUUCUUCGGCGUGAGGACACAGCUUGCUAAUCAAAGUGAACAGACACUUAUAUCUACGGAUAACAGCCCCCUAGUGGGAGGCCGUAUUACGCGUUUACGUGCAAAACUCAAGCGAAGGGGAAAUCAUGAUCACAGCCGAGGAACAUCCUGCGACGAAACUGAGGACUCCAUGCUCAAUUACGCUGCUGCAGAAAUCGAGGAUAUAAACAUUGACGCAGGCAAUAAGAACAGCAAGGAGUUAGAUGACCACGACGAUGGGAUAGAGGAAUCUGGGUCACUAAAGAACUCCCGGUUCGCGUUUUUUUGUGACGGCGGAAUUGUGGAUUCUGGACCCGAAGACAAUGAUAGUAGCUCUAUAGUAGACGACUUGAUUCAACUGCCUAACUUCCAAAGACGAGAGUUUCGGGGUGGAAAAUCAGAAGGAACUUUUGAAAAGAAUGAUGCGAGUGCUACAUUUGAGCACGAAGUCCGAAACAAUCCUUUCACGAUGUCUUCAAGGUACUACUUUGAUGCAUACCGGCUUGGAGACCAAGACAACUUUAUGUCUUUGAAGGAAAAACGAGCUGGGAAUUGGAGCCGGCCAAAACUAUGGAAGCUGCAGCGCCAGUACCUGGUUGAGACCGGUCAAAUGUGCGGCUCUGGUGUGACGUCCUCCACGGUGCCCGACCGAUUUUUGUGGGAUCACGUAAAUCUACUGAGACGAGUCAAUAUGGGAGGUAUUUUAAGCGUGACCACGAGCCGUUAUGGCCAUGUCGACUCUUCGCAGAGGCUAUUUGACGAUUGGAACAGAGGUGUCGGCCCACUAAAAAGACUCACUUUAACAGCGCCCACUUCGGCUACCCAUAGGACUUCUAAAGAUCGUCGAUUACCGGCACAUGCCAAACCCUUCAUAUCGGACGCGGAAUAG